AUGAAAGAGGGAAUAUUAGAUUUGAUGAAUUAUGAAUUAUCAACAAACAACAUUUUACAACGUUCGUUAUCGUUAAGUGAUGAAAAGGUGCCGAAAAUAGAAUAUUGCCAUAAUACGGCUACUGCUUCCACAUCACUUAGUACCGCUUCUGCUUUACAAUUCACGUCAUAUCAUACACAAAAUGAUGAUGAAAUUCACUGGUUACUAUUAAAUCGAAAAAAUCGCGGAAGUUUUGGGAGUUGCAUAACAAUGGAAUGUAAUUAUGAUUGGAAUGAUAUUGGACAAAUGGAUGAAAAUAUUAACAAACAAGAUGAAUUAUAUCAUAAUAAUGAUAAUAUUACACUAUAUCAAUUAUUUAAUCAAAAAUCAAAUAUGCAAAUUUCAACGAAAAAAUCAAAAACGAAAAUUUCAAUGACACAAAAUACAACAUUAAUACCAUUAUUAUUAUUUAUUGUACUGAUAUUUUUUAUGGUGAUAACAAUAUUACUGAUAGUGGUGAUAUAUUUGAGUACACAACGUACUAACAACAGUCGAUUUAGUAAAACCGUAACUAAUUUUACCUUUACUCAUCGAAUACGUCAAAUAUCGGAUCAGCAAACUCAAAUUAGUCAACAAUUGAUGGAUGAAUUUAAUGCUUCCAAUAUCAAAAAGAAUAUCAAAUGGCUCUCCGAAAAAAUGCAUGUUGCAGGUACCAAAGAAAAUGCCGAACUUAUGAGGAAAAUUGCUGAUAAGUAUAACACAUAUGGAUAUGAUGUAAAAACUUACAGUUAUAAUGUUUUAUUAAAUUAUCCAAAUUAUGAAAAGCCAAAUCGAAUUGAAUUACAAAUGGCCGAUAAAAAAUGGAAAGAGCUUAGUAAUGGCCUUGCUAAACGAGUUGGUCCAAAAGAAGCACAAGAACAACAAAAUGAUCCGCGUGCAUUAGUUUACUGGGCUGCUUAUUCAGCGAAUGGUACAGUAAUUGGGCCAAUAGUUUAUGUUAAUUAUGGAACAAUCAAUGAUUACAAACGAUUAUAUAAGUAUGGAAUAUCAUUGAAAGGUAAAAUAGCAUUGUGUCGUUAUGGUGCAAUAUUUCGUGGUGAUAAGGUGCAACUUGCUGUUAAACAUGGCGCUAUUGGAAUGAUUUUAUACAGUGAUCCAUUUGAUUAUACAAAUCGACGAAAUAAUGCAAAGGUAUUUCCAGAUGAAAUUUGGUUACCAGAAUCAGGUGCACAACGUGGAACGUUGUUAAAAACGGAUGGUGAUCCGGAAACACCAUUAUUACCAUCGAAAUACUACACUUAUCGUAUGGAAACGGAAGAAAAUUUACGUGAAAAACAAAUAAUGCCAUCAAUUCCGGUAAUGCCUAUUGGUUAUCGUGAUGCCCGAAAAAUAAUGGAAAAUCUUAAUGGACCACAAGUUAAGUUGCAUGGUUGGGUCGGAUCUAUGAAUGUGACAUAUCGUAUCACUGGUUCAGCAAUAUUUCGUCUUAUCGUACAUUCUGCUUGCACACGUCGUAUUGUCACCAAUAUUGUAGCAACAAUGUUUGGACGUGAAGAACCGGAUCGUUACGUACUCUUCAGUAAUCAUUAUGAUGCCUGGGUUAAGGGUUCAAUUGAUCCAAUUUCCGCCACGGGUACAAUGCUAGAGAUGGCACGGGUUUUGUCAACACUGAAAAAGUCAAUCAAAUGGCGCCCACGACGCACAAUAAUGUUUUGCUUAUGGGAUGCGGAAGAAUUUGGAUUAAUCGGAAGCACAGAAUGGGUGGAAGAAUUCAUGAAACCACUUCAGCAACGUGCUAUUGCAGUAAUUAAUGUUGACAAUAUCAACGGUGACACGUCACUUUCUGUUAAAGCCGUCCCAUUGCUUUAUCGUGUUGUUGUCAGCGCAGCUGCUAAAGUGAAAAGUCCGAAUAUGUUAGAGCGAGAGGCAGAACGGAUGACAUUAUUAGAUUCGUGGAAAUUUUAUGAUCCAAAAGGACCAAUUACCGGUGAUCGAUCAAUUCCCGGUAUUAGUAUACCGGGAACUGGUUCUGAUUUUCAGCGAUUUAUAACUUAUUUGGGUAUCCCUGUGAUUGAUAUGAAAUUGGAAAGUGCACCAUUAUAUACUUAUAUGCUUUAUCAUACAAUGUAUGAAAUUCCUUGGUUAUUGGAUAAUUUUGUUGAUCAAAAUUAUACCGCUUUAAUGGCAGUAGGACAGUUAUGGCUUGAAAUUGGACGUGACAUCGCGGAUAGUUUAAUAAUUCCAUUUAAUUUACACGAUUAUGGUUUGGUAUUGUUUGAUUUUGUUGAUCGAAUGGAUCAACAAUUGGAACAUAUUGGAAUUCCAAAUGCUAUUGGUACAAAAACAUAUCAUAUUGUAAUGGAUAAUUUACGAGAAGCAUUAACACGAUUUCAGGUUGUUGCAAAUAUAAUACAGCAAAUUACUCAGUCAGUUAAUACGGGUCAUGAAUCGAUCAGUAUCAAACAAGCAGAAAUGUUAAAUAAACGGAUGCAAACUAUUGAACGAGCAUUUAUAACGGAACAGGGUAUUUAUCCGGAACGAACUGAAUUUCGUCAUUUAAUCUUUACCAGUAGCAGUAGUAAUAGUAUCAUUGAUAAUGAUUAUGGUAUUUUAUUAUUUGGUGGAAUUUUAGAGCCAGCAUUACAAUGGCAUAAUGCUUUAAGUAUGGGUAAUUUAAAUAAAGCAAAAUAUUGGUUGAAAAUGUUGAAAAUUGGAUUUGCUAAAUUACAUUAUGGCAUUGAAUCAGCUAUUCUAAUAUUAGAUAUAAAUGGAUAUUAUGAUUAA